AUGGCUACAGCCGACGUCCAGCUCCCCGUCGCAGCGGCGACGACUUUCGCAAGCGUGAGCGAGGCAUCCACCAUCUCGCCCCAUGAUGUGGACGCGGUCCUCAACUACUAUAAGCCGAACGAGGAUGGGUCUCCUCCCGCCCCGACCUAUGUAGAUCGUCCGGAGACGUAUGACCGGCCGGUCGCGCCGCACCCGACCCGGAUCACGGACAUCUCCGGCAAGGAGAGUGAGUUCACUCUGGACAAGAACGGCUUCCAGAUCCACAGAAAUGUGAGCUCGGAAAAGGAUUUUCUUGAUGAUGCUGAAAUCAAGGACGGGUACUAUAAAGAGACGGAGCAGCUGUUGAAGGAUGUCACCGGAGCAUCCAAGGUCUUCAUCUUUGACCAUACCAUCCGCCGCGCCUCGGCCGACCCGCGAAAUCCCGUCCAGCGCGGGCCGGUGCAGCGCGUGCACAUCGACCAGACCUACGAGGCCGCCCUAUCGCGGGUGCCGCACCACCUUCCGGAGGAGGCGGACGAGCUAGUUCGGGGCCGCGUGCAGAUCAUCAACGUGUGGCGGCCGAUCCGGCGCGUGCUGCGGGACCCGCUGGCGCUGGCCGAGGCCGGCUCCGUCGCCGAGGAGGACCUCGUCCCCAUCGCCCUCAUCUACCCGAACCGCCGCGGCGAGACGUUCGCCGUACGCCACAGCCCGCGCCACCGCUGGUUCUUCAAGCACGGCCUCGGCCCCGACGAGGUCAUCCUCAUCAAGUGCUUCGACUCCAAGACCGACGGCCGCGCCCGCCGCGUUCCGCACACGGCCUUUGCCGACCCCUCGGCCGGCGACGACGUACCCGCCCGGGAGAGCAUCGAGGUCCGGGCUUUGGUGUUCCAUCCGGAUGACCGGGAUUGA